GGCUUCCGAUGAAUGUUUCCACCUACUCAGGCUUUUCCACGGCAUGGCCUCCGGCAGAGAACAUGCCUAAUUUGGGAUGGACAGCGACAGGAAACAUGGACGACGGGCUUGGUCUUGGUCUUGGUGGGCCUCCGAUGACUGUUUCCACCUACCCCAGCAUUUCCACGGUAUGGACAUCAACCGGGAACAUGGACAUUCUUGGCUCUCCGAUUACUGUUUCCACCGUAGAGAACAUGGCCAAUUUGAACAUGCCGAUGACUGUUCACACGGAGUGCCCUCCGGUAAGUGUCUAUAAAAUGUCUGAACCGAUCCCAACUUUGGGAGCUGUGACUUCUGAAGCGGGUCCAAGCAUGAUUACGGAAAUUGAAAAAGCAGUUAGCAGAUUUCCAUACAAAACAAGCCAAGAAGGCAUAAUGUCUACACCAGACCUUCAAGAUCAGCAACGGUCCGAAGAUAGUACUAGGUUGUGGGUUAAAGUAGAAUGGAAGAAGGAUCUUUUCAAGUUCCCACUCGACCUUCCAACCAUGGACGGGUUGAAAACACAAGUCUUAAAGAGACUCAGUCUUUUGGAAGCAGAUGGUCUUAAGUUCAUGUACAAGGAUGAAGAUGGGGAAAUGAUCACUAUAGCUUGUGAAGAGGAUUUGCAUUUCUGCUUCCAGUAUUUCAAGUCAUCAUUCCACAAAACUAAAGUCAGAUUGUCACUUGUUGCAAAUGAUGAUCACUAGAGCUGCUCAGUUCUACAAAACAUGGAGAGUCUGAGAUAGAAAGUAAAUUCCAAUUUUUGUACUGUGUACAAAUAAUAUGGGACGUUGACA